AUGGGCGGGAAGAGCAGCUUCGCCAACGCCCUGCACGGCCAGCUCGCUGCGCUGCGCGGGGCGCUCGCGGAGCAGCACGACAACGCCACUCUCUUGAGCUUUAUGCUUCAAGCAGAGGCAUAUCCCAACAUCCAGCGCGAAGCGGCCCGGCGGGCGUACUGCGAGUCCAUCCUGGCCUUCCUCGACACCCAGAAGCACAUUUCCGAGGGCCGGAUCCCGCCUCCACCGUCCGUGCCGCCCGAAACACCGCGCGAGGACUCCGCGCGACCCUCUCCUCGCCCGUUGCCGCGAGAAGCGGACCUCCCGUCCCUCCCCGGCAUGCGCAUCGUGUACUGGGACCUAGAAACUACGGGAAUCGGCGCACCAGACGCAGACCUGGCGUCGUGGGACGGCGACUGCAUCAUCGAAGUUGCAGGGUUCUGUCCCUCUGCCAACGACGAGGGCCCGUUCGGGGUGUACGCGUCGCCGAUGCGCAUCCGCGACGGGUGCAGGCUCUCCGAGGGCGCGGCGGCCACGAACCACUUCUCGGAGGCCGAGCUCGCCGCGCCAGGGGUGCCCAAAGCGAAGGAGGCUCUCGCGGGGUUCGUGGACUGGCUGGAAGACAGGAGGAAGGAGGCGGAGGCGGCCGGGGAGGUUCCCGUGCUCGUGGCGCACAACGGGCUGCGGUUCGACCUGCCGCGGCUCGCGGCCUCGCUCCGCGUUGAGGGCCUAGAUGUCGGCGGGCUCUCACGGUGGCUGCACGUGGACUCGUUCAGGCAAGUCCUCCAGCCUCUCCAGAGCGACCUCCUGCUCCCGUCGUGCUCCAUGGACACCCUCCGCGACCACUACUCCAUCCACAACAUCCCCGGCCAGCCCCACCGCGCCGAGAACGACGUCCGCGCCCUCGACGCCGUCCUCAACGCGGCCCUUUCGGCCCUGAACGCACGUCGCGCUGCCGGCGGGUCCGCCGCCCUGACGCUGCCACAGCUGCUCUGGACGUGCGCGUACCGCAACGCGUUCCCCGACAUCGCGCCCCUCGCGCCCGCGGGGCUCGACGGCGCGUGCCGCUUGCCGCGCGAGCCACAGCGCGUCCUCGACGCGCACUUCGGACGCCCGAUGGCCGUCGACGACGUGUCCGCGCGCCUGGCGCGCGUGUCGCUGAGCCCGGGGGGCGCCGCGGGGCGCUCGCAGGCCGAGAGCGAGGCCGCAGCGGGGCGGACGCUGCUCGGCGGGGACGGUGCAGCGCCGAUGGCGCAUCCGCUGACCGCGUUGCUCGACGCAUUGGACGCGGCGGCGGGCGACGGAGAGGUCGCGGCGCUGAGCGCGCCGGUGACGGUGCUGGGGGCGGGGCGCGGGGGGGCGUGGGCGGCGCUGACGCGGAAGGCUUUGCAGGAAGGGUUGAUGUCGGUGGGGGAUGUAUUGCAUGUUCUACCGCGGAGGUAUGACGAGGUGUCGGGGGAGCUGAUGCAGGCGGUGCGGAACAAGACGGUGUGGUCGGGGCGCGGGCGGGUGGUGGCGUCGCACGUGCGCACGGUGCGCGGGCGCGGCGGCGGCGCGGGGAUGCUGCUGUUGACGCUGCAGGUCGAGGUGACGCGCGGCGGGGACGCGGGGCGGCUGAUCGACGUGCAAGUCUGGCGGGGCUUCAGGAGCCAGGCGUGGGUCGCGAAGAAGCUCGAGGCCGAGCGCAAGGAGCUCGCGCCGGACGGCUGCACCGUCGACAUCGAGGCGCGAAUGGAGGAACCGCAUCCUCACUUCAAUAAUAGGCGUGACACCUCCACGGGCCUAUCUCCCGCGUUCGCGGUCGCCCGCGCCAGCAGCGGCAUCGCGUCCGUCCUGCGCAUGGUCCUGCCCCCCGGCGAGCCCGACACCGACGGCAUCGCGGGCUCGGUAGAACAAACAGACCCGGAGUCAGGGGGGGGUGUCUCCGUGACCUACCCGAAGCGCGGGCAGCUGGAACCCGGCGACAUGCGGACGCUGGUCGACGGCGCGCUCGAGUUUCUCGUGCAGGAGGUCGCGGCGCGCGAGGAGGGGCCUGGGGCCGUCGAUCCGCUGCCGACGUUGUUGGCGGCGCAGCUGGAGAGCAGCGGGGUGUGCGGGGCGGACAUGUCGACGCUGCGGGCGUGGCACGCGGUGCACCGGCCGAAGGACCUGCGCGACUCGGACAACGCGCGGCGCCGCCUCGCGCUCCAGGAGCUCUACGUGCAGCAGCUCGCGCUUGCGCUGUCACGGCGCGCCAUGCAAGCCCACGCGCUCGCGACCGGCGGCGGCGCGCUCUGGCUCGACCGCGCCCUACCCAAGGACGCCACCGCCGCCCUCGAGUCCAUCCUGCCCUACGACCUCACCCGCGGCCAACGCGAAGCCCUCAGCGAGGUCGUCGCCGACAUGCUCCGACCAGACGCGCCCGCGCGCCGCGCGCGGGGCGACGACGCCCCCGCCACGCCGAUGUAUCGCCUGCUCCAGGGCGACGUCGGCUGCGGGAAGACGGCCGUCGCGUUCCUCGCCAUGCUGCUUGUGGCUGCGUCGGGCCACCAGGCGGCGCUGAUGGCGCCGACGGACCUGCUCGCGCGGCAGCACCACGACAACUUCUUGAAGCUGCUCGCGCGGCUCGACGAGCGCCUGGCGUCAGCGGACAGCGGCGCGGAGACGGCCGCGUUGCGGAGGAUGUUUCCAAAUGGAGCGCCGCGGGUCGCAUUGUUUGCCGCGACGCUUCCUGCGGACCAGCGCCGCGCCGCUGCUGCGGCGAUUGCGACGGGGGACGCGGGUAUCGCGAUCGGGACGCACGCGCUGGUGUCCAAGGGAACCGCAUCCACCAGCAGAAGUGAUUCGGAGUCUGAUAGCGACUCCGGAGCCGGCCGAACGGCCUUCGCGGCGCUCGCGCUCUCGGUCAUCGACGAGCAGCACAAGUUCGGCGUCCGGCAGCGCGCGCUCCUCGCGAGCGGCGACGUCCCUUCCUCGAGCGGCAGAGACACCGUCGUGCCGCAUGUUCUUUGCAUGUCGGCCACGCCGAUCCCGCGGACGCUCGCGGCGGUCCAGUUCGGCGACAUGGAUGUGUCCGCGAUCCGCGAGCUGCCCCCGGGCCGCCAGCCCGUCGCCACGACAGUCCUCGAGGAAGGCGCCGCCCAGACCGCCGACACCCUCGCCGCGGAGAUUCGUGGCGAGAUCAAACGAGGAGGCCAGGUCUACGUCGUGUUCCCGCAGAUCGGGACCGCCGACGCGGCCGACGGCGCGGCCUCGGGCACCGCGAUCGCGACUGUCGAGGCCGAGCGCGCCGCUCUCGAGGCCUCCGGUGCGCUCGGACGCCGCGCAAAGAUCCUCGCCGUGCACGGCCGCAUGCCGCCCGAGGAGCGCCGGCGCGCGCUCGACGCCUUCCGCACCGGCGAGUGCAACGUCCUCCUCGCGUCCACCGUCGUCGAAACCGGCGUCGACGUCCCCAACGCGUCUCUCAUGAUCGUACGCAGCGCGGACCGGUUCGGGCUCGCUUCGCUGCACCAGCUGCGGGGCCGCGUGGGCCGCGGGGGGCGGGAGUCGCGGUGCUUGGUCGUGGGCGGCGUGGGGCCGGACGGCGGCGCGGUGGAGCGGCUGCGCGUGUUGGAGCAGACGGGCGAUGGGUGGGAGGUGGCGGAGGCGGAUCUGAGGGCACGUGGCGCCGGGGCGGUGAUCGGGACGCGGCAGAGCGGGGCGAGCGUGGACUUGCGGAUCGCGCGGCUGCCGGAGGACGAGGUGCUGCUGAUGCAUGCGCGGGGGUGGGCGACGGAGGCGGUGGUGGGGUUGGGGGGAGUGCUGGGGGGGCCUGCGGCGGCGGUGCGGGCGCUGGCGACGGGGAGCGCCGCGCGGGCGGCGCUGGCGGAGACGGUGCGGGAGCUGAUCCGGUCGGAUCGCGAGCCGCUGUGA